UACCCACACAGGUGCAGCCAAUGGGACAGAUUAGUGUAAUUAAGGCAAUCCAAAAACACUUCAACGGACACAACACGAAUGGCCACUUCGUUAUUAGGCGCUGUUUUUUGGAUGCCAGACACACUUGCAUUUCUUCGAUGUUAGCAAGAUAAACUCGGCUUGCUGUUCUACAAACAUGACCCGUUAUCAGAUGUUGAGCGCUGAGCUGUGCUGUAAGCUUUAAAGACACCGGAGCACACAUGUCGGAAGCUUCUAUCGCACACCAGCCGCCCCGCUCCGGAGAAAACGGUCUCCAUGGAGACAAGGUCACAACUUCCAAACAGAGCGACCGCGGCGUCUUCCCUGCUUUCAAGAUGAAUUCCGAAAAUUCCUUAGUUCUCACGAGUGACGAUCUUCUCCAAGCAACGAAAUCUGGUGUCAAAACGGGAUACCUUACAUUGGAUGGCCACAUUUCACAGAUUCCUGGGCUGUCCCCAACCAUCUGCAAACUUCCCGAGGAGAAGGUUCGAGGACGGAGGGCUGCAAUCCUGGAGAGUGAUUCUGACUACGUCAAGCUUGCAAAAGGAGGAGGACAUAAGGGGCUGUUAUGGCAUGAUGAAAUGUAUUCUUCCUCCCCAAAUGCAUACAAGCCUCCAGAGUGGUUCAGUGCUGAAUCAGGAGACGCCAACAAAAUGGGUCUAAUUAACAGUGAGGAGGAGAAGAAAAGCCCUGAAGAUUUUCAGCCACUGAAGCAGCCCUUUGGGAAUGACAAUAUGUCAACCUGGGAGAGGGAUAAUGGCAACAGCAGUGGAAGAGAGAAGAAAAUUGAUCAUAACAGCCAGAUGGUGGAUUUGCAAACAUCCAAUCCACAUGUGAGCAGCAAAUUCAAGAGGAUAAUAUUUGACAAGAAACCAGCACCUAAGAUGACAGACCAGUACAGUGACAUGUCACUAAAUUGGGAGACUGCCAGGUGUGCAAAAGGAUAGAUAAGCUCCAAGAGGAAUAGUGCCAUGUUUUCCUCUAACAUUUAUUUCUACACUUUUUCACUGAGCUACACUAUAAAUUAUUUGGUUUCCACUGUUUUCUUAAGCUUGUAAGUGAUUCACUUAACUGUAAUGUAGCCAUUGAAUUGUGACUGUAAUGAAGAUUCCAAUAAAACCUAAAUGAUAAACA